AAUUCCCACAAUACAUAGCGUAAAUAGUUUGGAACAUGGCGCCUGUGACAGGAGGACAGGGAGAUGAUGGACAACGGAAUGCAAUUAUUUUCGAUUCAUCUAAACGGGAGGUAUUUAGUCUAACAAACGGAUUCAAAACACUCAACAGAAAACUUCGGACCAGUUGGAAAGUGCAGAGCAACAAGGAUGAAAUAACAGAUGAAAGACUCGCUGCAGCCAGGGUGUUCAUAAUUGCAGGGCCAAGGGAGAAAUUCACAGGAGCUGAAUGUGACUGUAUAAAAAGAUACAUAGAAACUGGUGGAAGUGUGCUUGUCUUGAUGGGAGAGGGAGGAGAAAGUAGAUUUGACACAAAUAUCAAUUUUUUGCUGGAACAAUUUGGAAUUAUGGUGAACAAUGAUAGUGUGGUGAGAACAUCAUAUUAUAAAUAUUUUCAUCCAAAAGAAGCACUAGUCUCAAAUGGGGUUUUGAACAGGGCAAUUAGUCAAGCAGCAGGAAAAGUUUUCCUUUCAGAAGAAGACGGGAAUAAUGCACAAGCACUUCAGUUUGUUUACCCAUUUGGAGCUACACUCAAUGUGAUGAAACCGUCUGUGCCAGUGUUAUCUACAGGAACUGUGUCAUUUCCUCUCAACAGGCCUGUCUGUGCAUUCUUCUCAAAGCAUACAAUCAAAGGCAAACUGGCUGUAGUAGGCUCUGUGCACAUGUUUUCUGAUCAAUAUUUAGAAAGAGAAGAGAAUAGUAAAAUAUGGGAUGUUGUUCUUCAAUUUCUAACAACUGCUGACAUCAAGCUGAACACAAUAGAUGCUGAAGAUCCAGAGAUUUCAGAUUACCACACCCUACCAGACAUUGCUAAACUGUCAGACAAGGUGAAGACUUGUUUGCAAGAGAGUGAGGAUAUCCCAAGAGACUUCACGGCUCUCUUUGAUCAAAGUCUUUUCAAGUUAGACACAAGCAUCGUACCUAAGGCAAUAGGUGCUUUUGAGCAACUUGGGGUAAAGCAUGAGACACUGAGCUUGAUCACUCCCAGUUUUGAGACCCCUUUGCCACCUCUACAGCCAGCUGUAUUCCCUCCUCAGUUCCGUGAGCUACCACCUCCAUCUUUAGACUUGUUUGACUUAGAUGAGCAGUUCUCAUCUGAAAAGGCUAGACUUGCACAGAUUACUAAUAAGUGCACAGAUGAUGAUCUGGAGUACUAUGUGAGAGAGUGUGGGGAUAUCUUAGGUGUAACCAACAGACUGCCACAAGACAGCAGGGAUGCCAAGCAUAUACUGGAGUUCAUCUUUGCACAAGUGACAGAGUUCAAGAAACUGAAUCAGGACUCGCAUGAUAUGGAAAAUGGACAAUUUGCUGGUGGGACAAAUUCUGAUGCAGCUGCUUUCUAAACAUAAUGAUACAUAUAUAUCAUAUGGAACAAAAAUAACUAGCUUUUUACAUUAUUCUGCCCAUCACAAACCCUGUUGGCUUGGCAGAGACACAAUAAUAAACAAAAAAUUGGAAACAGAAAUUGGUUUGAAGAAAACAUUACUUAUAAGUGAUGAAUUGUGUGAAUUUUGAAUAAUUGUAAUUUAUUACAUGAAAGGAACACUAACUAUUAAGGAAUAUCAUAAAAACCAAGUGUUAAACUGGGACGUUCUUUGAUUUUGUGCUGCCAUGGAGCUUGUGUAACUGGCUUUUGGUUGUCAGUUUAGUUGUCAACCUUAUCAAGGCAUUUAAAUCAACACAUCAUGACAGAAAUACGUGAUGUCUAUUUUUUGCUGUCAUGUAACUUGGUAGAGGAAAUUAAAAUGCCAGUGUUAUAUUAAAAGGCUUUUCAUAACCUGGCUUUCUGUGAAACUAAAUUGAAAUCAACAGUUGCAUGUUCUUGGCAAAGUAAUUAUUUACAAUAAUUCCCAUAUAGUCCCAUCCAUAUUUUUUUUUAGAAGUAAUUACAAUGAAAUAUAGGUUCCUUUUCGUGAAACAUUUACCAUGUGUACUGAAUACAUGUAACUUACUAUAAAUGUGUAGCUGUGAUAUUACAUACAUUGCAAGAUUAGUUUCAUUCCUUUUUUAAAAUCUUAAUGAAGCCAAUUUAAAUGGUUUUUGGCCUGAGAUCAUUAUUUUAUAAAUAAAAAAAAAUCAGAUUCUAACAAUUUAACUUACAUAAGGCUUUCUUGAGUGUCACAUUACAUUUUUGUUAAGAUUCAUCAUAAAAGUUAAGUGAUCUCAUCAUAACGUUCUUCACAUUGUAAAACAUGAAUUGUAAAACAACAAUAUUCUUAUCUUAUCAUUCUUCAUUCUUAUUUGUAUGUUUUGUAGAUAUGUUCAUAUGCCUUAUCGUUUUCUUCAUAAUGUACAGUAAGGUGUUUCUUGGAAUGUUGAUAUAAAUAUUCAUUGAUUUUA